AUGGGUCAGUCUUUAUGUGCUCCUGUUCUAUCCAAAGAAACGAAGAGCUGGCAGAAUGAAAAUUAUAGUGUUGCAGUAUCCAGCAUGCAAGGAUGGCGUGUACAUAUGGAGGACGCUCAUAUGUGUUUACUAGAGCUGCCUGGUGAUCCAAAGGCUGCCUAUUUCUCAGUUUUUGAUGGACAUGGAGGUACAAGAGUGGCAAACCAUGCAAGUCGUCAUCUUCACGAGAAAAUUCUUGAACAAAUUGAAUAUAGUCGGAAUGACAUAAAAGAGGCUAUUCGUCAUGCCUUUCUUUCUAUGGAUGCUGAGAUGCAAUCUGAAAUGACCACAUAUUCUGUUAAAUCAUCGGCACCGAAAUUAGACAGCUCAGUUAAUUUAACAGCUCCUGGUUCAGUUGUGGCAGUGAAAGAUAGUACUGUUGAAACCCACAAUGACAGUACAACAAGCUUCUCUUUGAAAAUUCCAAAUCCAGGUGAUGAAUUGGCUGGAUCCACUGGAAUAAUAGUCCUACUGAAAGAUCAGAUGCUUUACUGUGGAAAUGCUGGAGACAGCCGUGCAGUAUGUAGCAGACGUGGAGUCGCAGAACCUUUGUCUACAGAUCACAAACCAACUCUACGUGCUGAGAAAGAACGUAUUUCAGCUGCUGGUGGUUGGGUCGAUGCAAAACGUGUGAAUGGGAACCUCGCACUAUCACGAGCUUUCGGGGAUUUUGUCUUCAAGCGUAAUCCACACCAGUCUGCCGAAAACCAAAUCGUAACUGCGAAUCCAGACGUUUUUGUUCGACGACUUUCAGUCGAAGAUGAUGAAUUUAUUGUACUGUGUUGCGAUGGUAUAUGGGAUGUAAUGACAAAUCAGGAAGUUGUAAGCUUUAUUCGUCUGCGACUCAGUUAUGGUAUGCUUCCAUCUAAAGUAUGUGAAGAACUUAUGAUGCGAUGUCUAGCACCUGACUGUCAUACAAAUGGUUUGGGCUGCGACAACAUGACUGUCGUUUUGGUCUGUCUCUUACAAGGACGCCCGUUCUCGGAUUUGCAACGCAAGUGUUCUCGAUCGUGUCCAGCCGGUCCAGCAGCCGAUAUUUUAGGUGCAUGA